AUGGCCACCAUGGAAAUGUUAUCGAUGGGCUCGCGCUCGCUCAACCACUCCAACAACGAUGCAGAAGCAGAAUACGACCGUCUCCGCGAUCUCGCGCGUCAAGAGGCCGCAAAACGCAGCUCGUGUUUUGACCGCGCCCACCAAGCCUACGAAUCCGGUGACGGCGCGCGUGCCCACGACCUCUCCGAAGAAGGGAAACAACAUGCCGCCAAAAUGGAGCAAUACAACCUGCAAGCACGCGACUAUAUAUUCCGUGAGAACAACGCAGCUGGUCGUGUUCAAAGCGAUACGAUUGACCUGCACGGUUUGUUUGUCGAAGAAGCGGAGGAUGUGCUUGAAGAGAGAAUCAAAGCGGCCAGAAACAGGGGAGAGGAUCAUCUGCACGUUAUAGUUGGCAAAGGCAAUCACAGCAAAAACCAUGUGCAAAAGAUCAAGCCCAGAGUUGAACAGGUGUGCCGCGAGCUCGGCUUACAAUAUCAGACUGAAGAGAACGAGGGUCGCAUCUACGUAAACCUCCAGGGCGGUGCGGUGCACAGCAUGCCUCCGCCACCGCAGCACCCGCAGUACGGAGGUGGACAGUACAAUGGUGGUGGUGGAUAUCCCGGGCAGCAGCACGGCGGUCAACAGCACGGCGGCCAGCAGUAUGGUGGUCACCAACAGCAGCAGCACAAUCAGAACCAGCAAAACAACCAAAAUGACGAGAUUGAGCAGAUAGUGCGAAAGGGCCUGCCGAAGUUGCUUAAGAAGCUGGGCUGCUGUAAUGUCAUGUAA